AUGCGGACGACUCAUCAACAGCGGCACGCGUGGAAAUGGAGAGCCACGUGCGGUUGCCUAGGUGAUCACGGCACGACUGAUUGCCCCCGCAAGGUCCCAGACCCCGAAGUCCCACCCAGCUGCGUGCUAUGCAAGCAGGACGGCCACCCCGCUAACUACCGUGGUUGCCCUCGGGCACCGCGCAAACGUCGCCCGAGGGAAACGACAGCCAGAGCGACCUCUCAAAAGAGCAAGCCCUCCCCAAAAACCACUGCAGAGGCUUCCCCGGCCCCGCAGGAGGCUCCCAAGCCCCAGCAGGUGAUUUCUAAAGCCCCCCCCCCCCCGACCCACAAUAAGGCACCUCAGGCCGCAAGCGUAGCCCCUAAGGCUAACGCUUGGAACAAGCCUUUGCCUUACGUGAAGGCUAUCCCCACACAGUCGGUAGUCGAACCGACUCCCAUCAGAGAGGAGGUCAAACGGAUGAAGGUCUACCUCGCUGAAGUUAGGUUCCAAUUAGACCGCAUGGCUGCGGUACUAGAAUCAUUUGACAUUUAA